GAGAUGACCGAAGAACAGAAAGAAGGUGCUUUCUCCAAUUUUCCGAUUUCCAAAGAGACUGUUCAGCUUCUUCAAGCUCGAGGGGUGACGUACCUGUUUCCUGUGCAAGUGAAGACCUUCAAGUCAGUAUUUUCUGGCAAAGAUGUCAUUGCUCAAGCACGAACUGGAACAGGGAAAACCUUCUCUUUUGCUAUUCCCUUAAUUGAAAAGCUUCAAAAAGACUCACAGGAAAGAAAAAGAGGCCGUCCACCAAAGGUGCUGGUUCUUUGUCCAACCAGAGAGCUGGCAAACCAGGUUGCCAGAGAUUUCAAGGACAUCACAAGACAGCUGACAGUAGCUUGUUUUUAUGGAGGAACUCCAUAUAAUGGACAAAUUGAUCUCAUGAGAAGUGGCAUUGACAUUUUGGUUGGGACACCCGGUCGCAUCAAAGACCAUCUUCAGAGUGGCAAGCUGGACCUGACCAAGGUCAAGCACGUUGUCCUUGAUGAAGUCGACCAGAUGCUGGACAUGGGAUUUGCUGAGCAAGUGGAAGACAUUUUACGAGUUGCAUACAAGAAAGAUUCCGAAGACAAUCCCCAGACUCUUCUGUUCUCUGCAACUUGCCCACACUGGGUGUAUGAUGUGGCUAAGAAAUACAUGAAGUCUAGAUAUGAACAGAUUGACCUUAUUGGAAAAAGAACUCAAAAGGCCGCCACAACAGUCGACCAUUUGGCAAUAGAGUGUCACUGGUCUCAGAGAGCUGCAGUUAUCGGAGACGUCAUUCAGGUCUACAGUGGCAGCCAUGGGCGGACCAUUAUCUUUUGUGAGACCAAAAAGGAGGCAAAUGAACUGGCUCUGAAUGCUUCAAUCAAACAGGACUGCCAGUCGCUGCAUGGUGACAUUCCUCAGAAGCAAAGAGAGAUCACACUGAAAGGUUUUAGGAACGGUACAUUUAAAGUGCUGGUUGCAACCAACGUAGCUGCCCGUGGUUUAGACAUCCCCGAAGUUGACCUGGUUGUACAGUGUUCGCCACCAAAGGAUGUGGAGUCCUAUAUCCAUCGCUCCGGGCGCACCGGUCGAGCUGGGCGGACUGGGAUCUGUAUCUGUUUUUAUCAGCGGAAGGAAGAAUAUCAGUUAAGACAAGUGGAACAAAAAGCGGGCAUCACAUUCAAGCGCGUCGGUGUCCCUACAGCAACAGACAUCAUAAAGGCUUCCAGCAAAGAUGCCAUGAGGUGCCUGGAUUCGGUUCCUCAAACUGCGAUUGAGUAUUUCAAAGAAUCAGCUCAGUUUCUCAUACAAGAAAAAGGGCCAGUUCAUGCUCUGGCUGCAGCUCUAGCCCAUAUUUCAGGUGCCACUUCCAUUGAACAGCGCUCCUUGCUGAACUCGGAUGCGGGAUUUGUUACCAUGAUACUACACUGCGCUGAAGAAAUAAACAAUAUGAGCUAUGCUUGGCGAAGACUACGAGAACUGUUGGGUGAUGGCGUUGAUAGGAAAGUGAACAGAAUGUGUUUCCUCAGGGGAAAAAUGGGUGUGUGCUUUGAUGUUCCUGCAGCAGACCAAAAGGAAAUAGAGGCAAAGUGGGAAGAUUCACGACAAUGGCGUCUGCGCGUGGCGACUGAGCUGCCCGAGUUAGUGGAAUCACAGCGAGUAGGAGGAGGAGAUGGCCGAAGCUUCUCGGGCUCCAGGAGAGGGCGGCGUGGUGGCAGUGGUAGAAACCGGUUCAGAAGCAGAGGCCAGAAGCGAAGUUUUGACAGAGCAUUUGAUCAUUAA